AUGCAGAUGGAGCAACGGUUAUGUGACCUGAAAACUCGAUUCUGCUCGAUUAAACAAAACACAGUGCCUCUCUCUGAAAGUAGUCAACUUUUUCUGAAAUCUUACUAUCCUCAUAUUAUGAUUCACACUAUUAAUGGCUUCCAAAUUCAUAAAAAACGUGGUGGUCAGACUGCUUACGACAUUCGUCAUUUAAUUUUGACUUCUCAGAAUCAGAAUAUUAUCCCUUUUGACUGGGAAAUACUCCAACAAAUACAACCUUUCCUUUCUGUCAUCGAAUUUCAGGUUUUUUCUCAUAUCUUUAAUAUUAUAACGUGUAUUUUAUAA